AUGACAGAAUCUAAUCCUACCCCAAAUGAAUCUUUGAGUUAUGUUUUAAGUAUAAACUCUGCCCCAGAUAUAGAAGAAACUUCUAUAGCUAAUAAACCACAAAGUGUUGAUAUAAGCAAGGAAAAAAUCCAAUUUUUACAUAUAUCUCCUUCAAUGUUUAAUAUUAAUUACCAUAAUCAACUCAAGGAAUUAAGUGAUAGCUAUAAGUAUGACAUAAAUAAUUUAAAUAACAAAAUAAAAGAUUCUAAUGAGCCAAAACUAAAUAAUAACCAAGACCAAUUGGAAAAUACAAGUGCAAAGAAAAGAAAGACAAAAUCAAAAAUAAAUAUAAAUGGAGAAUAUAUCGGUCCCUGGAAGUUUAAUCCUCUUGAUAAUACUGAAGAUAUUGUAAAUGAAUUACAAAUAGAUCUGGGUAAAACUGAAAAUAAUAAAAUGGAAUUGAAAUUAUCUACUAUAUCCAGCACUCCAAAUAAUACAAAUAAUGAGGAACAAAAAGCAGAUGUAAGCUAUGUAGAUAUUGAUACUGAAAUUAAUAAAAAGGCAUCUUCAAGUAAAUUUCUUGGAAAGUCGAGAUUUGAUUACCAAGGUAGAACAUGGCUAACAUGUCCAUCAAAUCUCAAUAAACCACGACACCCAGACUCUAGUUGUUACAUACCAAAGAAAUUAUAUUCUACGCUUAUAGGUCAUACAAUGGGAGUUCAGACUAUCCGUUUUAUACCGAAGACAGGUCAUAUGUUAUUAUCAGCUAGUUUGGAUAGCACAAUAAGGAUAUGGGAUAUAACUAAAAAUAAUAAUAAAUGUAUGUAUUUAUAUAGUGGGCAUGAAAAGGCUGUAAGAGAUAUCCAAUUUAUUUCUAACUCUGAGGGGAUUUGUACUGAUUUUUAUAGUUGCAGCUAUGAUAAGCAGACACUUCUAUGGGAUAUUGAAUAUGGGAAAAUAAAGGGAAGAUUUACAAAUAAGAAGAUUCCAUAUUGCAUUGCUGUACAUCCUAAUGAUGAGACAAGUUUCAUUGUUGGAUGUAGUAAUAAGAAAGCAGUUCAAUUUGAUAGUAGAAGUGGUAAUAUAGUUCAAGAGUAUAAUGAACAUAUGGGAGCUGUAAAUACAGUAACAUUUUGUGAAAAUGGAAGGAAAUUAGUUACAACUUCUGAUGAUAAGAAAAUGUUUAUAUGGGACUAUGGAAUUCCAAUAGUAGUUAAGCAUAUUGCAGAUACAUCUAUGCAAUCAAUGCCAUACGUAACACUACACCCAACUAAGCAAUUUAUGGCUUGUCAGAGUAUGGAUAAUCAAAUAGUUGUAUACGAAGCUCAUUCUAGAUUUCGUCUAAAUAAAAAGAAAUUUAUAGGGCUUAAUAACUCUGGAUAUGCUAUUCAAUGUGAUAUUAGUCCAGAUGGACAAUUUCUUGCUUCAGGUGAUAUUAAAGGAAAAAUUUAUUUUUGGGAUUGGAAUAAUACAAAAAAUUAUCGUAUUAUUCAAGCUCAUGAUGGUAUUUGCAUAGGUUGUCAAUGGCAUCCAAUUUUGCCGUCACGCGUUGCCACGUGUGGCUGGGAUGGCACCAUCAAAUUGUGGGAUUAA